AUCAGUUGGUUUUAGUAUGGAAUUUCCUUAGCCUUAUUUGUGGACCAAACUCUUCUAAAUAAUCAUAAUAACUUGAUAAUCUUAAAAUAAUAAUUGAUAUAAAGAAGACCACACAAGUCUAUUUUUUUCUUCAUACGCAAUAUUGGUGGUAUAACUAGAAAACUUAAAUAAUUGUAAAGAUUCUAAUGAGGGACUAUAUAAUUAGGAUUGUCUUCUCUACUUAAAAUGAUCUCAAAUUAAAUGUAGUGAAUAAUAUAGAAGGAGAAGAAAUAUCCACCAUAGAUUAGCUCUUGUCUUUUGCAUCCUUUUUAUUGCAAUGUUGCUAGUACAAUUAUUUCCUCAGUUGAAAAUCAGCAAAUUUGAAAAAAACAACUUUACAUUAUUCCAUUAAAACAUCCAAAAAUAAAAAAGCAAUACCACUUUGACUGUCAAUGAUUUAGGUUGAUUUUUCCACCAAUCAAAUAGUCAAGGAAUAUGAAUACUGUAUAUUUUUUUUUAUAAAACAAAAUUUGGCUUAUUAUAUGAAUAUGAACAUCCAACAAAUUUUCAAGCACAUAAACCCAAAAUAAAAAAGACAAAUAAAAAAAUAAAGUAUUCCUCACACGUACGUGUAAACAAAGUCACAUAAACAAAAGCAAAAAAACAGAGCAAUCAAAAUAAACAGUAAUCUGACUAAUAGUAAAAAAAGUUUUAAAAAAAGUUAACCGACCUUAUUAUUCAUUUCACUAGCCUAGCUGUCAGCUUUUUGCUCCCCCCUUUCCACCUUUCUUCUUCCCACCCGCACGCGCGGGAGUUUUCUCUCUCCUCCCGCACAACUAUUUACACUAUUUUUCCUUUUCUCUUUAAGUACUAUCCUCUGUUCAUAUAUACGAACACAGGAUAGUACUUACCAAUAUCUUCCCGUCUUUAAACCCCAAUUCUCUCUUAUAGACGUCUUCAUAACAACUUGCAAAUAAAAUAACCCGUGAUCGUACCCUUACCCUGAAGGGUGCGAGCAAGGGUGUUGGUUCUUAAAUUGGGACGAAGGUACAAUAAGGUGUUAACAGUGUGUUACACUUAUUUUAUAUGUUCAACUCUUUGAUCAUAUCACAUGGUGGUGUUUUUUUUUUUCUCUCACUAAUUGCGCCUAAGCCUUUGCAGCUUUUGACAUUCUCUUAGCAGACAACUGCUCCAAUUCCUUCUUUCACAUGCUCUCUUUGUCACUCCUAAAUUUGAGUAUUUAGCAUGAGAAUCUCCCAUCCUACAUUCAUCAUACUUCACUACUAUAGCUAAAAUUCUACCAAUAACAUCUUCAUUGUUGUUGUUUUGGUAACAACAUUGUUAUUGUUAUUGUGUGUUACUAAAAUGUCUAAAUUUGAAACAAUUACUAUUCCUUUUCAUAAUACUACCCACAAAAGAAGGGCUAAGAACCCUUCAUUUUCUUCCAUCCUUCUCGACGCCAUUUAUCGAUCGAUCGAUGAAGACGACGACCUCCACCAUUACCCUCGUACCACCCCUACCUCUCCUACUAGAAGCAUUAUUACUAAACAAAGUGAUUGCAACACUAUACAAUUAUCAUCAUCGUCUAAACAGCGAAGAACUAAAAUGAGAAGCGAUAGUACCUUAGAGACGGUCGAUCUUCGCCGCGCCAUCAUGAUCGAGUCAUGGAUGGAGCGGCAACCACCACAACAACCACCGCAACAACCACCGUAUCGGAAGCAUUUUCAUCUUGGUGAUGUACUCGAUCAAAAAAUCAGGAUUGUUCGUCAGAAAUCUGUCCCAAGUUUACCUAGGGCAUCAGAUAAUUCUUCCACGACUGAUUUUUCAUCGUCAUCUUCGUCGUGUUUUACGAAUCUCACUCCUCGAUCAACCACCUCGCGCGAUCAAUCGUCUUCGCGAAUCUUCACCAAGACGAAAUCGCGCGCGCUGAAGAUCUACGGCGAUUUGAAGCGUUCGAAACAGCAGAACACUGCUCCGAUUUCUCCAGGUAGAAGAAUCGCCGCGUUUCUGAAUUCUAUUUUCAGAAACUCCGGCGGAUCUCCAGCGAGAAAUUCGCCGGAGAUCAAAUCACCGCCGCCGACAACGACGGCAAUGACGGCGGCGAUGGAGACGGCGACGGACUCAACGUGUUCGUCGGCGUCGUCAUUCUCAAGAUCAUGCUUGAGCAAUAAAACGACGUCGUCCACAAAAUCAUCCAAAAGAUCAGUGAGAUUUUAUCCAGUGAGUGUAAUAGUAGACGAAGAUUCUAGACCGUGCGGUCAUAAGUCGUUACAAAAGAAUGAAGUUCAAGAGCCGAAGAAGCUCGCAUCGCCGCCGAAUGAACACGCAUUCGGCGGCGAGAGCGACGAGAAGGAAAGGAGACGGAGGAGGGAGAAAGAGAUUGAUGCGUUAAUGAUGAUGAUCAAGACAAAUUGCGGGAACAUUCAACAACGUCAUGUAUCGAAUUUAAAAGAUGGUUUCGUCGACGACGACGAAAUGGAGGAGGAUGAUGACGAAGAUGAUGAUGGAGGUGGAAGUUGUGCGAGUUCGGAUCUUUUUGAGUUGGAAAAUUUGAGCUCAAUUGGUGUAAGUCGGUACUAUGAGGAGUUGCCGGUGUAUGGUACUACUAGUUUGAAGAACAUAACGGCUUAAUUAUUUUUUUUUAAUUAUUUUCUUAAUUAUGGUUUUUUGUUUUUUUUUUUUUUUGUUUGGUUUAAUAUUAGGAUGUGAUGUGAAUGUAAUUAUAUGGUGCUUGGAAGUUGAUUAAUCCAUUAACUUUGGUUUUAAGUUUACGAGGAAGCACAAAUUUACUACGUUAAUUAGUUGUAAUGCAUUUGAUUUUGAAUGUGGUAUGAUUGCUAAGCUAGAUAGCUAGUAGGGGAUAGGCGGAUAGCUAGUAGGGGAUAGGCGGAUAGCUAGUAGGGAAUAUAUGUUCGUCAUAAAAAAAAAAGGAAUAUAUGUUCGUCAUAAAAAAAAAGGAAUAUAUGUUCGUCAUAAAAAAAAAAAAGGAAUAUAUGAGAUUAAGGUUUCUAAUUAUUUUUAUAAUUAUCUUUAAUUAAUUAUGUUUAUGUACUCUUGUUGAGUUAUUGGCACCCUUAUUUAUAUCCUUUAAAAUGAAUAUUAAGUAUAUAACACAUUGGA